AUGGCCACAUACUAUAUUCAAUCAUCUGAGUUAAUUUCUUUUUCCCUCAGUUCUUGUGUGAGACUGAGAUUAUCCAACAAUUAUUCUGUUAGUUCUGAGUGGAAGGUUGAUUCAGUCCCAAAUUAUAUAUUUUGGAAGCUAUUCAAAUGGGCUAUUCAUCAAUGUAAAUCCCAAAUUAUAUGUUUUGGAAGCUAUUCAGGUGGGCUAUCCAUUGGUGUAAAGUGUGUGGAAACCGUGGGAAACAGUCCUGACACCCCUCUGGACAGUGGCCAGCAUUGUGCACAGACAUCUCAAAUUAUAUAUAUUCUGGAAGCUAUUCAACAGGGCUUAUCCAACUAUGUAAAGUGUGGCUAA